UUACUUAGUAACUAGUAUUAGCGUACUGGUUCAAUUUGCAGUUCGAUGGGUUCGAUGUUAAAGCACGUGGAAAAAAUAUUCUUUCAGACGUCAAAUAUUUCCAAAAUUAAUAUUUUCAUUACGAACUUCAUUUGAUUGGAAAACAAUAAACGAUGGUUAGUAAAAAACUCGGGUUAACCAAACGAAAGUUUGAAGAGCAAAAUAUGCUUUCGGAAGACGAGUCUGAAUCGGAAAAUAAUUUGGAUCUGGAAAAUGAUUCGGAUUCGGAAACAGUUUUGGAUUCCGACAAUACAAGUAAAAUUGAACAAAUUAAGCCUCCGCCAACAAAAAUUUUAACCAAAAAGAAAAAACGUGGUAUUAUUUAUUUGUCAACAAUACCAAAAUACAUGAACGUAACCAAGCUUCGGGAACUUAUGUCAACGUAUGGGAAAGUAGGAAGAGUUUAUUUACAACUGGCUGAUACGGAAUCGGAUGCUGUGAAAAAAAAGAAAAAGAGAAAAGUUGCAGCAAGACAUUUUACAGAAGGCUGGGUAGAAUUUGAGAGUAAAAAAGUGGCAAAACAUGUCGCAGUAAUUUUAAAUAAUACGCAAGUAUCGACACAGAAAAAAAGCAAAUUUUAUGAUAUCAUCUGGAACAUUAAAUACUUACCUAGGUUCAAGUGGAUUCAUUUGAGUGAGCGUUUGGCCUACGAAAGGGCAGUUCACAAGCAGAGACUCAAUGCUGAGAUAGCUCAGGCGAAGCGUGAAGUAAACUUCUUCUCCUACAACGUCGAUCGUAGCAAAAAGCUCCGUAAAAAGGAACAAGAAGGAGUACCCUCGAAUUUCAUUGCACCCACAAUUAAACAACGAGACACCGAUAUGGAAAUUAGAAGCAGAAAGAACAAUCAUCAAAAUGAAGAUAGGACAACUUUCCUGAAAUCGUUGUUCAGCACAUCUGGAUGAACUUUUGAACGUUUUUCAUUUAUGUAAAUAAAGUGAUUAAUAUCUUUAAUAUUAAAUCGAUUUUCGAAUUAUUCCAAAA